AUGGACACUUCCCGCCCAUAUGAAGUCGAUGUUGUCGGUGAAGACAACAUCUCCAUCGUCAGCUUCGAUGACAUCCAUUCUAGGGCCAGGUCGAAUUCCAGAUCUAUGCCUCCACCCUUGAUGGGGCCAUUCCCUGCGUAUUAUCCUCCCGCAACCAGGUCUCCCUGGGACAACCCUGAAAGUCUUUACCCAAAACAAGAGACACUCAAGGUCAACGGCAAGGUCCCGGACGUCCUUCACGCCGUUGAGUAUUUUGAUUCGCGUCGACAAAGCGCUCGAGCUUUCAAGAAUGUGCCCCCAUUCUCUCGCAACCAUGAAGAAGGCGAAGUGGAUGGCGAAAACCCCAGUGAAAAGGAACGCCCUGUUUUGGAAAUCAUUACAGAGGUCUAUCCCGCCAGAAACAAUAGACCCUACAACCGGCCCCCUCGUCCUCUGCGCAACCAAGAAGACAGACCUAUCACGGAUGUUUUCGAAGGAUAUGGCAGUCGUCUUGACGAUGGUCCGAUUGAUGUAGAUCGAGAGCCUGAGACUUAUGCUCCUCGCAUCUCCCAACCCUUUAUGAACAUACACUCAGCUCAUCUCAUCAAUGCUCUCAAGGCUGUUGUGGCCUAUUAUCCCAAGUUCAGUCUUGAGGGUAAGAUAAUUGAGGUCGAUGCCCCUUACCAGGUUCUCUAUCACCAUCGACGAGAGCUUGCACAUUACAAAGAUAACCAACCGUCAAUUCACAGCCUCGAGUAUGCUGCCACCACUGCCAAGCACAUUGAUGUUCUUCUCAACUUCCUCGAUGAAAACCUCGGUGAAGAAAUCCGUCGCGAGGAGGAACGCCAUGAGCUUGAAACUCCUAGGGCCACUUUUGACCUUUUCUGGAUCCUCCUUAAACCUGGCGAAGUCUUUUAUGCAAAACGCCAUGAUAUUUGGGCGCCGUACGUUGUCAGUAGCGUCAACAUUGGCAAAAAUGUUAACAACAGCGCACGAGACUCAUACAAGGUCAAUUGUUGGAUGCUUGAGACCAAUGGUACAAAAGUAAACCGAUAUAUGCACACUUUCUAUCUUUCUCCUUGGCUUGGUGAGCAAGAGAUCGGGGGCCUUUCUGUUAUUCCCAUUGACUUUUGGCCUGAAGACCUCGAAGCGCAAGGUGGAGUUGCAAUGAAAGAGAAGAACAUCGCUCUUGGAAAAUUGUAUUGGGAAUUACUGAAGCGCCCGACGUACAUGGACUAUGAGGGUCUUCUUGUCAACUCUGGCACGACCAACCGACAGUCCCGUGGACCAACUGGAUUUAUGAGUGGCCGUGUCAUCUGCGACGCUUCUGGCUUUGACAGCUUCUAUUACGACGGCCCAGACGAUAUCCGUCGAGGUCGAUACAGAAGCCCUGUGCGGCAAAACAGUGCAGUCUUCCCGCCCAAAGAUUACCUACCCAGAAACCUCCCACGCUGUGGAUGCGAUGCCUGUAUGGAUGAUCGCUCGAGUGAAGACCCGGAUGGCCCUUAUACCGGUUUCGAGGACCUUGACCCUACCCGAGACUCGCCACCUGAAAGCGAUCUAUUCUACCUCGUCUGUAGCAAGACCAUGCCGGGAUUCAUCCUUGGCGAUCGACGCUGGGGUCACUUAAACAUCGCCAAUCUAAGGCCUGUCAAGACUGACAAAGAGGCCUUCAAGUAUCUUGUUCUUGAUGACGAAGUCAAGAUGACCGUAAAGGCUCUUAUCGGAAAGUUUGCAACUGACCUGGGCGAGGGAAGGGUGGCACCUUGGGGUAACGACUUUGUUAAGAACAAGGGUGAGGGUAGGAUCUUUCUCCUUCACGGUGCCCCCGGCGUUGGAAAGACUUGCACUGCUGAGUGCAUCGCCGAGCUGACCAACCGACCUCUUAUUUCCCUCACGAGUGGUGAUUUAAGUGUUGAUUCUUACCACAUUGAGAACAACCUCAGCUAUUUCCUCGAGCUGGGCCAACGUUAUGGCGCUCUUGUUCUUCUCGAUGAAGCCGAUAUCUAUCUCGAACGUCGCCGCUCCAGUGACAUCAAGAGGAAUGGUUUAGUAUCUGUGUUUCUUCGCGCUCUCGAAUAUUACCGCGGAGUUCUCUUCCUCACUACCAACCGCGUUCAGUCAUUUGACAGUGCUUUCCUGAGCCGUAUUCAUGUCGCCUUGCACUACAAGAAUCUUGGCCACGAGGAUCGGGAGCGCAUUUGGAGUCAUAACUUUGACCGUUUGAGCCGAGACUCCAAUGGCUUGGUGCAUGUUUCCAACGCAGCUCGUGACUAUGUCUGGAAUAGUGAUGAUGUUCGCAGCCUCAAGUGGAAUGGCCGAGAGAUUCGCAAUGCCAUGCAAACUGCACUUGCCCUAGCUGAGAACGAUGCAGAGGAAGAAAGCACCGAGAACAUCACGAUCUGUGUGAAACACCUUCGAGCUGUUGUCAAAAUGAGUCGCGGUUUCCGUGACUACAUCAAGCACGCCGCCCCUAUUGAGGGUUUUGAGGACGCAGUCGUUGAUUCUGAUGAGGAUAGUGAAUGA